AUGAACUUUAACGCAUCCAACGAAUGUAAUCCUGUCCUCGUGGCUCCUCGCCCCGUUCGGCUUGCCACUGCAUCAUUCAGUAAUUUUAUAGUACGACCUGCCUCCCGCGUGGAAGAGAUCAACAAGCUCUCGUCGUCAGCUACAUCUUCUGACAGCAGAGAGCUUAGUAGCUCACCUAGCUUGCGAUCUUCACCACGAUCUGCCCUGUCAACUGAGGCCUUGGAAGAGUUUCUCUCUAUACUUAGGCCUUCUCUCAACUUAUUUCCCCCACACUCGCCCGUGCUACGGACUACUACCGCAUUUGCGCUUAAAGCCAUCGCUCAGGCCAGCGAAGGUGACUCAGCUGCAGACGCGGGGACGGAGGCAGUGUCGGUGGGGGUAGAGAUGGAAGAUGAGUUAAAUUUUAGGCAAUAUCAGUGGUUCUCAAAUGCCAUUCUCUCUUCCCCGAUUUCGCGCACCAAUACUCGCAACCCAUUCCAGCGACAACGUCAGCUUGCGAUUACACCGUCGCCCACUGUGGUGAAUUCAUUACAAUUGAGUCCCGCAGCCAUACCCCUGCCCCUUCCCACGCCGGACGAAGUGUUGGAGUAA